UUCAGACAGGAAGAGAAAUGAGGAAUCGAAACUGAACAACAGAAGAAAGGUCUUAUAUCAGGAGCUUCAAAAUCACUUGUAGCUCACAGACACAUCCACUGCUGCCAAAACAAGGACUGCUGGGUAAUGGCUGCCCUCAGGGUUUUCCCCCUUCUCUCCGUCUGUCUCCUGCUGGUUCAUCAAGCCUUUGCCAUAAACGACGCUCCCUGCCAGCUCUCCAAAGGGAACAACGCCUUCAACAACUUCAAGAAGCGCCACAUUCCCUCUGGUACUCCUACUACUCUGGACCAGAACCAAUGGAUGAAUUUCAUCAAGAAUAACGGCGACUGUUCCAGACCCACCCAGUCCUUCCUGCACCCGAGCGACCUGGAGAGGGUGAUGGCUGUGUGCACAUCCAAGGGGGGAGUCACGUACAAGGAGAACAUGUGCAUCAGCCGGCAGCGUUUCAACUUUGUCACAGUGAGGAGCGAAACGGGGACAUGCGGCAUCAAGAGCAUCAGAGAGGAAAGCAAACAUCUGAUCCUGGCCUGUAAUGAGCUGAGCAAUCAGUGCCUGCCGGUCCACUUUGAAGGAAACCCUAAAGAUUUAAAACCAAGUAACAACGCCAAAGGCUGCCAGGACCCACGCACUGGUGAUGCUCCCAGCUUCAAACUGACAUGGCUCGGCUUGUUAUCCGUUCUUCUGGUUAUCAUUUAUAACUGUCGAAAUUAACUUGAGAAACUAGAUAGGACAAUAGGUCUCCUGGACACAUUUGAGAAAAUUUGAUUUGGAAAGUGUUUGGCUUUAAAACAGUAUUUUAUAUGAAUCUCUAAAUUACCAAAAUAUCAACCAUAUUUUUGUAAUAAUUUCAUUCUUUUAAAUGUAUUUUUGUACCACUAUUAUAUGCUUGUGCCUAUCUGUAAGUUUGUAUCUCUGACGGAUAAUGAGGAGUUGGUGUUCUAAAGGCAUUUCAUUUUAUUCACAGCUAUAGUAUUAUGUAGAAGAGCAUGUAUAACAUUGCUGUACAAAAGGGAUUUCAUUGUAUUUAAUGCACUGACGGUAUCUGUAACAGUCAGAAAAUGUACCCUGACCACAAAGCAUGUUAUGUACCAAUACAUUUCAAAAUAGACAAAAAAGAAGAACAAGAUAAAACUAUAAAAUGUCUGACUUAAAUAAAUGUAAGACUGAACUUGUGACAGUUUCCAAAUAUUUCCAUACACAUGUAGUACCAAAACUUGCAUGAUUAAAAUACAAACUCAAUCUAAACCACUUUUUUGUAUUUUUGUCAAAGUUUCCAGAACAAAACUAUGAAUAGGGCUGGGAGUCAGUGACCCACAUGUGCAAACAGUGGGUGAGUCAUCCGGAUAACCAAGAAAAACCCCUGCAGAAACAAGUAAAGUCGACUCAGUUGUGCUCAGUGCUCUGAUAGGAAUGAUCAAUCCCAAUAACAAACUGAUAUCAUGACUGGAAAGUAAAAAGAGAACAGCAGACAAUUUCUCACACACUAAUAAUCAGCCUCCACAUGUGCAGACUGCAGACACACAGAUGAUGGCAGUAUUGCACAGAUGUGCCCCUCUCAGAAAGAGGUCAAAGAAAACGAGUUUCUCAACCACUGUAACUGUAAACUGUGUUUAGAUUCAUGUUGGUGAGGUUGUUGUUUUCCUCAUAUCAGUGUUUGCAUCCAAUCAAUUUGAAAUACCCAAUGUUUCAGCACACAAAUAAACCACUUAUGUCUCAGA